UUUCUCAGAGUUCCAAAUUCAAACAGGUUCAAAAUUCGAAAACCAUCCCGUGCUCGGCAGUUAUUGAAUCUUGAACUUUGUCACACCUUUCCCUAGGUACAAAAGGUCCCAAAAAGCCAAUAAAUGAGCGAUCGAUCGCGUGGGUGGUGCCACACCGAAAUUUAUUUUUUUGUAUUUAUAUCGAUAGAAUAUGAUCUCGUAGAACUGAACGCACAAAUCAGCAAAUAAACGCAAUCGCAAUAAGGAUUUGCAUACAUAUCUGUAAUUAUAAGAGUUCCCACUGGGUGUAAAAACGUUCUGCCCCCUUGGGAAGGGAUGUCAUAGAAAAAAGAAAUGCUUUUUUUUUCUUUCAAAGACCGAUUCCCCACGCACCUCAUGGUUCCUACAAAUCCCGAGACAUCCAAGCUCUCCUGGUACCUGCAUUCAAUUCGAGGAAUCCAACAUGCCCUACUUGUCGAAUCUUCUUCCUCGUAAAAAACGCCUAAUUUCAUCUUUGUUUUGAUGCCAAUCAGACGUGUCUCAAAACCGGCCUCAAGUCAGUCAGUCUUACCAUGAUCAACCGGUUUGCGCUUAAUCCGCUCUGCUCAACCUCUCACCAAUCACAACCCAUUUAAAAAAGGCGAGUUCCAGGUGAGCCAAGGUGAAACUGUGUUCAAUUUCUUGUUUCGAAAAAGUGUGAAUUUCGAAAGGUCAUCCACGAAUAUUGAUCCAAAACGAACCAUCUCAAACCGAGAGUCUAUUCAGAAAUGUCAGCUGAUGCUGCCGUUGCGCCAAUUCAGCCUAACCACUAGAGACCUCUGCUCUGCCUGUGGAUAAAUACAGUGACUUGAUAUUUGGCCAAUGACUUGAUUUCUUAAGUCAAAGUGACAUGCCUGCUAGAGAAAAGUCCUUGGGGCGUGUUUCUGGACAGAAUCCGGUAUCUGGACCUCCACCUGCCUCAUUGUCCUCGGGGAAUGUGAAUAAUGGCGGCUGGCAAAGCGUAUUCACGGAUUACCUCAUCAUAAGUAAUGAUUGGCUCCACGGCUUCCAUUUCUCUCACCCGCGAUAUCCGAAAUUGUUCAGUUUCAUGUCCGUGGUCAUACAAAUUUUGUCUUUGGCAUUUUCUGUCUAUUUAUGCUUACUAGCCACUUGGGACUACCAGGAACAUCUCAUGACCUCCGACAUCGUAGAUAGUGUUUAUUCCAAGGAACUGGUGUUGUUUCCUGCCGUGACGCUUUGUAGUAGUAAUAGAGGUCAAAGGUCAUUCUUCAAAAGGUUGGGAUUCAGCAUGAAUCCCAAGGACUGGUUGAGUCAUCGCAAUCAAUCGUCCCGAUUGGAGGUGAUCAAAAACAUGAUCUACAACGGGCGAUCGGAGGACUUCACACCCGCUGAGCUUGACUAUAUAGAAGAGUUGCUCGCCCAAGAAGAUAUCAUGGACAUUGGUCAUGAUUUAGAGGCCAUGAGAAUGGAAGGACCUGAUUUUAUGAAGAAGUUGAACCUUACCAAAGAAGGAGAACAUGAGCACGAACACAAUCACCGACGACGGUCCAUUUUCAUGAUGGGAAGCCAACAAGAACAUGGCUUUCCUUCACUCCUUCAAUUUAAAUUCAAUGAUGAUCCACUUGAAGACAGGCCGGACUUGCGCCACGCCCUCUAUGGCACCUCACAAGGUUUCUGUACACACAUUCGACCUCACGUGUUCUGGAAUCCCAAUUUCCGAAACCUCAGUUUUGACGAAAUGAUCCGGUCUCAUGAGGAGGUUAAUACCUCCAAUAUUGGAGACACAAGCGGACUCACCAUUCUGAUUGACGCCGAAGUCUGGGAUUAUGCCCACUCAAUGGAGAAAGCAGCCGGAUUCAAGUUAUACAUUCACCAUUUUCGAGACCAUCCCGCCCUUCAUUUGGGAAAACUCCUUCUUAGACCUGGGCAGAAAUACCACGUGGGUCUCUCGCCCGAAUUGAUAUUCACUACUCCAAGUGCAAUCCGUCGAUUCUACCCGGAGGAGCGCAAAUGCUACACGGAGGAUGAAUUUGACUUCAACUGGUUGCCAGAUGAAGAGUUCAGGUAUUCGUCGACCAAUUGCCUGAAUGUGGCCUUGUUCGACAAGGUCUAUGAGGAAUGCGGCUGUUCCACGGGUCCGGAUGGAUAUGGAUGCUUUGGCACGGAGAUCACCUGUAGGGAUCGGAUCUUAGAUCAAGUGGGCUUCCUGAAAUUCGCUCAGAACAAGAAACGAGGGAACCAUAGCCAAAUAUGUCUUCCAUCUUGUCACGAUGAGACCUUUGAAGCUCGUUUGGACGGCCAAUUCGCCUUCCCGGAGUACAACAGCUUCUUGUUCGAGCCCGAAUUCAUGUGUCUAAUGCUCAACCGGAUCGAAAAGAUCUGUGAACACAAAUUUAAACGAUCUGCCCUUAGCGAGAUCUAUCCAGAUCUGUGUGAGGAUCUUCAGAAUUCAACCCUGGACUUUUGUGAAGAAUUUCCCAAUCAAAAUUGGGACAGAAUAGCCACUAUGAAUCGAAUGUCAAUGGUCCAGGACAAUCUAAGUCGGUCGUUGUUCCUAUACGCCCGUGAGAAUCUGAUUCAAGUCAAGAUCUAUUUCAACACCCUUCACGUGAAGAAACUUAUUCGGAGUGAGAAGCAACCAAUGAUCUGGUUUGUGGCCAAUCUCGCCGGGUUGAUCGGUCUAGUCGUUGGUUCAAGCCUCCUUAUGGCCUGUCAGGCUUUUUCGUAUUCCCUGCUUUGGUGUGGGGUGGAAUUGAAAGACCUGAACUGUCGGCAACGACCAUCCCCAAGAGCAUCUCCUUCUCCUUCACCUCCGCAUGAACCAUGAACGAAACUGACCCGUUUAACUGAUUUGGCAACCCUUGACACGUUCUUCAACGCUCUAAAAACGUCAACCUUCGGUUUUAAAAAACAGAAAUGAUGAUAAUAAAGUUGACUUCCCCUUCA